AUGGGACGCAAAAAGAUCAAGAUCCAGCCCAUCAAGGAGGACCGCAACCGAUCCGUCACCUAUCUCAAGCGCAAGGCGGGCCUCUUCAAAAAGGCGCACGAGCUUGCCGUCCUCACCGAUUCACAGGUAGCCGUGAUCGUGUUUGGCCACAAUGGCAAGCUGGCCGAGUUCUGUUCGACCGAUAUCGAUCUGCUCCUGCUGCGCUACACCGAGUACGACGGUGCAGCCGAGAGGAAGGGCCCACAGCACUAUUUCAACCUAGACAAGGAUUCGGACGACAAUGAUGAUAACGACGACAACGACAACGACGGUCCCGACAGCGGCGACGGGCCCGACGACAGCUUUGCCAGCCAGAGCGGCGCCAACGGUAGCACAGGAGCAAGAGGCAGCUCCAGCAGCGCCGGCAACUCGAGAUCCACUCCUCGCACCAGUGGCGUCAAGAGAAAGGCAGAACCCGCGUCUCCACCCCGCACCAAUCGCGCGAACGGCGUCAAUCCUGCAUCCGCCAACCUGGACCAGAGCGCUUUCGGCGCAGCCAACCCGCUGAUGGGCGCCUCUGCCACCGCCAAGCAGACCGUCAACGCAGCCAUCCGUCAGAAGAGCCAGAGCCGAUCGGGUGGCCAUCCGGCCGCGCCGGGCCAGCUGACGGGCACGCACACCUUCGAUCCCUUCUCCUUUGGUCAACCCUUUGUACCCACAGCGGGCAUUGCGCAGGGCCUGCCUGGUGCUGGCUUUGGUGGCACGCUGCAGCUUCCGAGUCAACCCAGCUCGAGCGGCGCCUCUUCGACCAACCUGACGCGAGCGCAGACCAUCGCCAACAUGUCGAUAGCCAUGCCGAGCAACGAGCGCCUGCCGAUCUUUGUGCAACCCGCGACGCCUGGGUUUGGCUUGACACCCGGCGGAACCGUGACCACGCCAGGCGGACGACGCUUCAGCUUCUCGGACGUCCUGACGCGCGGAACGUCGGCGACUGCGUUGCAGCGGCCAGUGACGGCUAACUCGCUGUUGGCAUCCACCAACUUCCAGCCCAUGGAUGCGUUCAGUUUUGCCGCCACGCCCACAGCUGCGGCGCACUUUGCUUCCAUCUCGCCCAGCGUUACGCCGCAGCCGCCAGAUGCUUCGCUGUCCGCCAGCAAUGCCGAUGCGGCCAGUCGCAUGGAUCCGUCACCGACGCCGUUUUCAGAUCCUCGUUCCAACGCGCACCUCAUGACGCGGCCAGCUUCGACAGGCAUGCCACCCUCAGGUAACAACAGCUUCAACGAUCUCGGCUUCGGUCAGCCAGCAGGCUCUACUCUCGCCCUCGGGCCCAACGCCGAUCUGCACACGAAUUCGCCCGCCAACAUCUCGCGCCCCUUUACGGCCUGCGCUAAUCUGGACGCACCGAGCACGUCGGCGCAUCUCGCCCCACCCGAUGCUUUUUCGGGCUCGCUCGGCGCACAAGGACUGCAUGCUAGCUCGGCUUCGCCCAUGCCUCAUGCGGCGUCGGUGAUGCCUGGUGCUCCGGCGAUCAUGUCGAGCUCCUACGGCGCCAGUCCGUACGCAACGGCAGCAGCCGAGCUCAAGCCAUCCAUGACGCCUUUGAGCUCAGCAACACCGGAGCUCAUCCAACCCAUCGUGCAUGCAGCCUCGGCGGCGGUUCCGAUCGCCCGUGCCUCGACGGCAUCCAUGUCGACCGACGAAGAGACGCCGCCGAGCACCAGGGUGGCUGCACCCUUGGACGGAGGCAAGAUGGGUGCCGGUGGCGCUUGGCUCACGUCCAACUCGACGAUGGUACAGAAGCCGGGUGCAGGUGCGUCGGGACAGGCCACACUCGUGCAGCCGGUGCCGAUCAACCCCAUCCAGUCGCUCGGCUCGGUGCCGUUUGACCUCAACUUUGCUGCCAACCCACCGACAGGACUUUAG